AUGUCUCAAUCUCGAGUCAACGUUUCGAAUUCUGGCGUUCAACAGAAAUUUUCCGUACGCCAGGCAGCAAAGCCACUUAUACCUCCGCGAAGGAAUGUCCCACGACGCAACCAGAAUGAAGCUACGUCGAGUCGCACCGUUGGCGACUCUACCAAACAGCAGACCAAGCCUAAACGAGGCGAAAUCCCUUGUAGGGCCUGGAAACUAGGCUCGUGCCGAAGGGGCACUGAAUGCUGGUUCGGGCACGAUCUUGUGGCUCAGCAGCACCAUCGCAACGCGCACCAAACUCAAGUGAAGGAGGAACAAGGUCACGAAAGACGUCGGUUAAACAAUAACGAACGCGGAGAAGGACAUAUAGAGGUCACAGGAGUCAAAGAACAGCAUCGCGAAGAAGAACGGCGACGCAAGGGGGUUCGAAGGGAAGGGGGAGAGCAGGCUCAUACAGCAGGCGAAGAACACGCAUUGGAGGCGUUGAGGGUGGGCGAAGCAGCCCGACAAGCAAGAGUUGUACAACAAGAAGCCCUACGAAAGGCUCGCGAUGCGGAAUACCAGACACGACUGGCGGAGAUCGCCCGGGAGGAAGGGACGCAGGCCAUUCAGCGCAUCAUUGAGGGCUCACUGGUGACCUUCGGAUCUGGAUUGGACGUACAAGACCUGGUCACAGGCUUUGAGUGUUGCACAGUGCAGAUAAAAAACCUGCCCGCUGAUGCGCGAGAGACGGAGAUCGCAAAUAUUUUCCUGGACCGGGGGGUUGAAGCCAGUCGAUUCCUGAUCCAGGAUAAUGAAGCAACACUGGGCGGUCGGCGCACUGUGAAAGUAGUCACCGACACUGAUGGUGGAGAAGCUUUGGCCGUCGAUUUGGAAGAUAUCGAGUUGAGGAACGAGAAACUCAAGGUCGAAGUAGGCCCUUACAACCUUCCCGGCGGGAUGGGCACGUCGGGCUUUCAAGAUACGGACGUUUUGACCAUAUCAUGGAGGUCUCCAUAUGUCAGCUUCGUCGCUGAGUUUGACGAUAUGGAAACCGCAGGGAGGAAGGUUGAGGCUCUGAACAGUCAGGUCCUCAUGGGACGCCGUGUCAAAGUCGAAGUCAAUGUCCCCCCUCCGGUCAGCAUGAAGACGAACUUCAACGCAAAUUUGAUCAUGGUUAGUAUCGCAAACACUACCGUGGACGAGACCAACAUACGCGAUUUCACUGGGGCAUCGUUUGUGAGACGAAUAGAACAGGAUGUCCGGCAGCAAGGCGACCGGUUCGUUAUCGACUCCUUGCGCCGUCACAUUGCCGGCAUUUCACCUGGCCUGGUAUCGCUCGGGGAAUCCAAUAACUCACAGAAGUCGGUAGAUGGAAUCGUCACUGUAGAGGCUCAUUUCGAUUCAAGGGAAGAAGCCGAACGGGUCUACCAGUUAUUGGGUGAUGGGACCUUCCCCCGGAACAUGAACAUCAAGGAGUCGAUGUUUUGGCUGCACCUACCUACACCCAUGCAAUACACGUUGACCAUCCCGGCCUCCCAGUACUCUGCCCAAAAGCAUCAGUGGGACUCACUGGUGGAGAGUAUCAAGGACCAGAAUGCGUGCAACCUCGCCAUUACAGAGCUGAGAUCCAUGGACGUCGUUCAGAUUCGCCUUCUCGGGAAGGUGAGAGAGGCCGUCGGUGCCCUCAAGGUGAGGGUCGAACAUCUGGCCGCUGGAGAGAAGAUCGAGGGGUGUCAUCCGUCUUUAGGACAUUCCAAAAGCCAGUUCAUCCGCGCUGUCGUUCAAGAUACAGGCGGAUUCCUAAGUGCUGACCACCGGAAGAAACUCCUCAAGGCUUAUGGUAAGCCGGACGUCGUCGACGCCAUCAAGAGAAUGGUGGAAGCCGAGUUACAGAAACUCGCUAGCAAAGAAUGGUGCUUCACUUUGCAGAAGCGGAGCGUAGGCUUCCUCAUCCGUCAAGGCGUAUCCGCGCUACAAGAAAUGUUCGGCAGUGAGAAUGUUCAUUUCAAUGCGACGUCUCGACUCAUCUUAGUGCGAGGAGAAGAGGCACGACAUAUCUUGAAGAGUCUCGUCGAUCAGUCGGUUGAAGAGGCCAAAAUACCAAUAGCUGCAAGUGUUCCAGCCGAGCAAAUAUGCCCUGUUUGCUACGAUAAUGUCAGCAAUCCCUUGGUCCUCGGCUGCAAACAUGCGUAUUGCACACCUUGCAUGCGCCAUCUCCUAACUAGUGCGGAAGAGAGCGACAAGUUCCCUCUUACGUGCGUCGGGGAAGGCUGUGGGGAGCCCAUUCCGAUCCCCAUCGUCCAACGCUUCCUAACACCCGCCGAUUUCGCGCGUUUGCUCGAAGUGGCCUUCACGUCCCACAUAACAAGAAAUCCCAAAGGUCUGAGAUAUUGCAAGACACCGGAUUGCGUGCAAAUCUAUCGGGCGACGGAGGAUAAGACGCGAACUGAUUGUGCUGUGCAGUGCCCAUCGUGUUUCUCGAUUGUUUGUUCGGCUUGCCACGAAGAUGGGCAUGACGGGAUGUCGUGCGCAGAUGCCCGGUUGUUGCGGGACCACGACGACUGGAGCGAGGCGUGGAUACGACAAGCGAAGAGAUGUCCUAAUUGCCAGGCACCCAUCGAGAAAUCGGGGGGAUGCAACCAUAUGUCCUGCAGGCGAGUCUAUGUCGUAGUCAACUCGCAACGGUUCUAA